GCGGUGCUUCGUUCGUCAGAUUUGUGCCUCUAAAGUUUGUAUGCAAAAUUGCAAUGGGAUUUCUUGAUGUUUCACCUUAAAAUCCCGCUCGUUUCAAAUCUGUACGGUGCGUCUUACAAUUGCAUGCUUUGCAGCACGAAAAAGUUUAACGACGAUAAAAGGUGCCUCACCCUACCACGUCUAAUACCAUUUCUCUGUCUGCUUUCCUCAACAUAUUCAUGAUAAAUAAAUCAGUUUGUUCUUGUACAUGUAGGCAUUUGCCGGCUACUACCGUCGCGUGUAUCUGUUUUGUAUGCGAGUUUGCUGUGACCAAUACACACUACAGCAAACGGCGUAAUCUACGGCUCUACCCGGCUGGCGACAAAAGCCUUCAUUCAUUCUCGUACCGCUCGCUGCACGAUCGAUUCGUAUACGUUCUCUGUUCAAACCGGUCAUACUUGUUGCUGUUUUGCUUAGCUAUCGCCAGAAUGAACCAAUCAAAAUGCUAUUGUGGUCCAGGCUAUGCCACGCCAAUGGAUGCUGUCCGCAAUGGACCUCGAGAGAAGAUGUUGUACGUGGUAACAGUGCAACCAAAUUUGGAGGAGCCCCACGGUGACUACCUUUCGACGGUGGAUGUUGAUCCAGAGAGUGCUACCUAUUGUCAAGUCAUUCAUCGAACCUUUACGAACAGCACCGGCAACGAGAUGCAUCACAGUGGAUGGAAUACAUGUUCAAGUUGUCACUUCGUGGAUGAUAAAACGAAAGCCCCUAAAAGGGAUCGUAUGAUUCUACCAUGUUUGAACUCUGAUCGCAUCUUUAUCGUUGACGUAGGUACUAACCCCAAAGCUCCUACACUGGCAAAAGUGAUUGAAGGUGAUGUUCUGAAGAAGGCCAACGUAACGGCUCCACACACCACCCACUGCUUGCCGAAUGGAAACAUUAUGAUUUCAAUCAUGGGCGAUGCAGAGGGAAAUGCGAAAGGCGAUUUUAUUGAAUUCGAUAAGAAUUUUGAGUUUGUUGGUACGUGGACCAAGGGGAACAAGAUAGCCAUGUGCGGGUACGACUAUUGGUACCAGCCGUUUUUCAACGUAAUGGUAGCUUCCGAGUGGGGUGCUCCGAAGAUGUUCCGACGGGGAUAUCAAGAUUCCGAUGCAUUGGACACUGUUCAGUACGGUCGCCGUUUGAAUUUUUAUAAAUGGAACGAGCAGGAAUUGUUCCAAACCAUUGAGAUGAAUGAAGAAGGAACGUGUCCCUUGGAAAUUAGAUUUUUGCACAAUCCAAAGGAAAAUCAAGGUUAUGUUGGAUGUGCCUUGUAUGCCAAUGUGUACCGGUUUUUCAAGAAUGAAGAUUCGGAUAAGUAUUCAAUUGAAAAAGUGAUUGACGUUCCAGCCAAAAAGGUAGAAGGAUGGAGUGGAGAGUACAUUAAUGGAAUGAUGACUGACAUUCUCAUUUCGCUGGACGACCGAUUUCUCUACUUCAGCAAUUGGCUGCAUGGAGAUGUUCGACAGUACGAUAUUACAGAUCGGUCUAACCCGAAGCUAACAGGCCAGGUUUUCCUGGGUGGUGCUGUACUGAGUGAUUCCAAGGUAAAAGUCGUCGAAGAUAAAGAGCUGACGAAACGGCCUGACCCGGCUUUCAUUAAGGGGCGACGUCUUUUGGGUGGGCCACAAAUGUUGCAACUGUCACUGGAUGGCAAGCGAUUGUACGUGUCUUCGAGCUUGUUCUCCCCGUGGGACAAACAGUUCUAUCCGGAGAUGGUGAAAGCGGGAGGAACAAUCGUACAAAUUGAUAUUGACACGGUCAAUGGAGGCAUGAAACUCAACGAAAACUUUUUGGUCGAUUUCGGCAAUGAACCAUACGGCCCAUCGCUACCACACGAAAUGAGAUACCCUGGUGGCGAUUGCACUUCCGACAUAUGGAUUGUGAACGAGUGAAAAUUUUCGGUCAGCGAAAAAUAAACAUGGUGCACGUUUUGAUACUACAUUCCAUUCUAAAAUAAUGCCAGGAAAAGCGUGUUACUUUUGAAAAUUCAGAUUCAUAUGCAAAGCAAAAUAAAAAAUAAGAAAUGUGAAAUUAUGUUAUCUAUGAAUUACAACAAUAUACUGAAAAACACAGAAAAAGUA